AUGCAAUGGAGUGGAGGAGCUCACGAUGACAACUUUAGUAAUGUCAAUAUGGCGGUGAUUUCACUGGAGGUGGUGGGGACUUGUAAAUAUACGGAGGUGGCGGUGAUGGUGAAGGAGGAGGUGGUGACUUAUAAAUAUAAGGAGGAGGAGGAGGAGAUUUUGAUGGAGGUGGUGGAGAUUUGUAAAUAUAUGGAGGCGGUGGUGAUGGCGAUGGUGGGGGUGGAGACUUGUAAAUGUACGGAGGUGGUGGGAAUGGUGAAGGUGGGGGUGGUGAUUUAUAAACAUAUGGAGGGGGAGGAGAUCUUAGUGGUGGUGGUGGAGACUUGUAGAUAUAUGGUGGUGGUGGGGAUGGUGACGGUGGAGGUGGUGACUUAUAAAUAUAAGGUGGAGGAGGAGAUUUGGCUGGAGGUGGUGGAGAUUUGUAGAUAUAAGGAGAUAUAUGGUGGUGGUGGGGAUGGUGACGGUGGAGGUGGUGACUUAUACAUAUAA